AGUAGCAGCUCUGUGGUAGCAGCCUAUGCUGAGCAAUAUAUUCCAUGGACAUUUUUGAAUAACAUGUGAACAUCCCAGUUCAAAUAUAACCCGUUUUUGGGACCAUUGUGGAUGUAACUUUUUUCUCUGUGAUAAGAAAUUGCGUUAAUUGAUUAGGCCUAAGUACUACCGCACUGCGCAGUGACUGUUGGGGGAAGUUCGCGGUUGGACUUGCUGUAUUGUCUGCCCCAGACACCGCCGAGUGUCUUCUACAAGCGCUGUCCAAGGCUACUUCAGAGCAGACCAUCCACAUUGGCGUGUUUUCGCAUCAUUAAAGACCGCAAUAAUACAUUUCUUAGAACGGUGAAGUCAUUGAAAAGUAUAAAUAUUUGUCUUAUUUUUUCAAAAAUGGCCGCAGCAGUGGAAAUGGACGGAAGUAUAAUGGAGGGUGGCGGGCAAAUUUUGAGAGUAACCGCCGCACUGAGUUGCAUCAACGGCGCAUCCAUCAGAAUACACAAAAUCCGCGCAGGUAGAAGUACACCAGGAUUAAGACCACAACAUCUGUCAGGAUUGGAGUUGGUGAGAGACAUUUGUUGUGGAAAUCUAGAGGGUGGCACAGUGGGAUCUACUGAAGUCACACUCACCCCUGGGAAAAUAAAGGCUGGGAAGCACACCGCAGACCCCCAAACAGCAGGGAGUGUUGGGCUGCUGCUGCAGGUCUCUCUACCCUGUGCCCUGUAUGCUGACGGACCCUCGGAGCUAUGUCUGAAGGGGGGCACCAACGCAGACAUGGCCCCGCAGAUUGACUACACCAUAAAGGUAUUCAAGCCCAUCGUGGAGAAGUUUGGAGUACAUUUUGACUGUGAUUUGAGAAUGAGGGGCUACUACCCCAAAGGUGGAGGUGAGGUGGUGGCCAAGGUAAACCCAGUGAGUGAGUUGAGCCCCGUCACCAUGACCGAACGAGGGACCAUCACCAAGAUAUAUGGCAGGUCCUUUGUUGCUGGGGUGCUACCCUAUAAGCUCGCCAAGGACAUGGCAACGACGGCGACAAGAGUUAUCAGGAGAGAGAUAAAGGACCUAUACAUAAACAUCCAAACGCUGCAGGAGAAGGACAUGGCCUGUGGGAGCGGCAACGGCAUCAUAAUCAUCGCAGAGUCUUCCACGGGCUGUAUAUUUGCAGGGUCAGCUCUUGGGAAGAAAGGUGUGUAUGCAGACAAAGUGGGCUUCGAGGCUGCAGAGAUGCUGCUCAGGAAUAUAAGGCACAACGGCUGUGUGGAUGAGUUUCUCCAGGACCAGGUUAGCAAUGACACACACACAGCUAAUCCUCUUCAUGGCCUUGGCGAAUGGCACCUCCAGAAUCCGCACUGGCCCAGUCACCCAACACACACAGACUGCCAUCCAUGUGGCAGAGCAGCUCACCCAGGCUAAGUUUACAGUGACCAAGGCAGAAGAUGAGAAUGCCAGCAAUGACACCUACAUCAUCGAAUGCCAAGGAGUGGGUGUCACCAACCCUCAUUUCUAGCCACGCCCAUGUGUUGUCUCCCCACCCCUUUUAUGUUGACAUCUCCAUCUGCAGUCGUGGAUAGAAGAGGCACUGGAGAGACUUGAGGACUCAUAGCCGAUACACUACUGUGACGUCACUGAAUAGUCUGACGCUGCUUCUAUUUAUAUUAUGAUUUAUGGCCCUUGUGGCUCGAUAUUCAAGCAAAUUAAUUAUUGGUUUAGAAACAUACAGCCACAUGAGUUGGUCAUUGUUGUCCUUUUCCCCCUAUUGCAUUAACUAUCAUUACCCUCUUAGCUUGUAUAACUCAGGGUAUUAAUGCCUUACACUGUUAUAAUAAAAACCUUCGAUUUCUGCGUGGAA